AUGGCUGGUCUAGUCCCGGACCGAGUCCAGAAUAUUUGGGCCUUAUUCUGUAGUGCAGUAGCCCAUCUAACAAUAUACACUCACAGCCCAAUUCCUUGACCCGAAAUAACACAGAAGCAAGUACACUCACUUCAGCUCAAACCAUCAAUGGAGAAAAAAUCUUCAAUGGAUGUCAAGCCAUGCAGUCAUCAUCACCAUCGUCGUCAUCAUCAUCAUCAUUAUCAUAUAUUAAAUAAUUUUCCUUUACACAGCUACAUGUUGCAGCAGGGCAACAAGCAUGUACCAGCAUGUCCACUUUUCACUCCUUCAUUGCAGCAAAGUACAGCAGCUUUAUUGCCGGACGAUUUGGAUGUGCAGAUUUCUGAGCCUACUGUUAGUUAUACCGACUCAAGAAUGACUCAAAAUGAAGGUGACGACUUUGAAGAUGAAGAGGAGCCUAUUUUUGUCCUUACAGAUGAAUGGAGAGAUUUCUUUGCCAAAUCUUAAGCCUAAAGGAGACAAGCAAAAAAGCUUGCCAAAAAGAAAGGGAAGAGUAAGAUCACAGAUGGGAGGAACACACCAGCAUUGGAGGACUGAUCAUGUCGUGAAGAAUGAAUCUGCUAUAUGUCCAUAGGAUAGGACCAGGAUAAACCAACCCCUUCCAAGUUCCAAUAGUUUCGACAGUAUGUCAAAAUAUCUUGAUUUUAUUAUAGCUCAAAAUGUGUCUUUUUUGCUUGAGAAGAUGUUUAACUAUGACUAUCAUCUGGACGGGGAUGUAAUGUACAUUUUUCAAAUGUUAUCAUCCUUGUAAUCAUUUACGCCUUUUAAGGAAUAUUUUUGAGACAUCCUUGGUUGAUGUAUCAA